CGCCUCGCGUGCCGCCCCCCGCCCAACGGUCGCCCCCCGCCCCCCGGAGGCCCGGGGCUGAGCCGGGCGGGCGGGCGGGCAUGCAGCCGCCGCCGAGCCCCCAGCGCAGCACGAAAAUGCCAGAAGCAUCGGAAGAUCAUAACCAUUGGAAGGCCUAUUGACUUCCAUUUUUUGAUAAUCUGGAACAUCAUCAAUCUGGCAUGGCGCAGGGCAGUCAACAACUCGAUGUGCAGGUACUCCAAGAUCUCCGACAACGUUUCCCUGAGAUUCCUGAAGGGGUGGUGUCUCAGUGCAUGCUUCAGAACAACAACAAUCUAGAUGCCUGUUGUCGAGCCCUUGCGCAGGAGAGCAACAAAUACUUAUAUAUGGAGUACCAUAGCCCCGAUGACACCAGAAUGAAUAGAAAUAGCCUUUUGCACAUUAAUCUCGGUAUCCAUCCUCAUACCAGCUAUCAUGCAGGGGAUGGAGCUCAACUUAAUGGUGGUCGUACACUGGUACAUAGUUCAAGUGAUGGACAUAUUGAUCCGCAGCGCACAGCAGGUAAACAGCUGAUAUGCUUAGUUCAGGAACCACAUUCUGCUCCCGCUGUUGUGGCAGCUUCUCCUAAUUACAAUCCAUUUUUCAUGAAUGACCAGAAUAGAAAUGCAGCUACUCCUCCUCCACAGCCACCUCCACAGCCAUCUUCCAUACAACCAGGAAUGAACACGUCUGCUAUGCAAGGCCCUCCUCCUACGUAUAUGCACAUACCUCGGUACAGUACAAAUCCCAUUACUGUUACAGUAUCACAAAACCUCCCCUCUGGACAAAGUGUACCCAGAGCUCUACAAAUUCUUCCACAGAUUCCAAGCAAUCUUUAUGGGACUCCUGGCUCUAUUUAUAUAAGACAAACAUCUCAAAGUUCUUCAGGACGACAGACUCCUCAGAAUACACAGUGGCAUUCAUCGCCGCAGGGCCCAGUUCCACAUUAUACUCCACGUCCUCUACCUGUGUAUCCACAUCAACAGAAUUAUCAGCCUUCUCAGUACUCUCCUAAACAACCCCAGAUCCCUCAGUCAGCUUUUCGUUCACCACCGACAUCUCAGUGUCCCUCUCCUUUUGGCUCUCCUCAACACCAAGUUCAGCCUCCUCAGCUGGGUCAUCAGAGUUCACAUGUUUUCAUGCCACCUAGUCCUUCAACUGUCCAACCCCAUCCAUAUCAGCAAGCAUCCCAGACUUAUCAAAAACAAGGUGGUCACUCUGUAUCGUAUCUUCCUUAUGGUGGACCUAGUUUAUCCAAAGGUUCCAUGAAUAAAAUAGAAAUUACAGUUGAGCCACCACAAAGACCUGGGACUGCAAUGAACAGAAGUCCUUCACCAAUAAGUAAUCAACCAUCUCAGCGAAACCAGCACCCACUGUAUGCAGUCACCACUCCUCCUUCAAGCUCUCCAUCAAGAGGUAUGUCUGGUCAGCCCAAACCUCCAUUUAGUGUUAAUCCAGUAUAUAUUACCUAUACUCAACCAACUGGACCUGCAGGUGCACCAACACAGUCUCCUCGGGUAAUGGUAUCUCAGCCAAAUCCAACCGUUUUUAAAAUCACAGUAGGUCGAGCACCGACUGAGAAUCUUUUAAAUUUAGUGGACCAAGAAGAGCAUUCUGCAGCACCAGAGCCUAUUCAGCCUAUUUCUGUAAUCCCAGGAUGUGGAGGAGAAAAAGGAAGCCAUAAAUACCAGAGAAGUUCCAGUUCUGGAUCAGAUGACUAUGCUUACACUCAAGCCUUGCUGUUGCAUCAACGAGCGAGAAUGGAGAGAUUGGCAAAAGAGCUGAAGCUUGAGAAAGAAGAGCUUGAACGUCUGAAAGCUGAAGUCAAUGGUAUGGAGCAUGAUCUAAUGCAGAGGCGACUUCGAAGAGUUAGCUGUACAACUGCAAUUCCAACACCUGAGGAAAUGACCAGAUUGAGAAGCCUGAACAGACAGCUCCAGAUAAACGUUGACUGUACACUGAAAGAAGUUGACCUCCUUCAAUCCAGAGGGAACUUUGAUCCAAAAGCUACAUGCAACUUCUAUGACAACAUAGAGCCUGGUCCUGUUGUGCCACCAAAGCCAUGUAAAAAAGAGCAUCAGAACAACUCCAAACAGACUCCACGGACACAGCCAAGAGAUGAAGACUUUGAAGGGGCUCCAUGGAAUUGUGAAAGCUGCACCUUUCUAAAUCACCCAGCACUAAAUCGCUGUGAGCAAUGUGAAAUGCCACGGUACACCUGAAAACAACAAAGGGGCUGCAUUGGAUUGAAAACAGGCUUUCAAGUCAACAGGUGUAAGAGAAGGAAAUACGGGGAACCUUUCAGUCUCUCUGCCCAGCCUUUGCCAGUCAACAAUCUUCAUAUUGCAAGGGGUGGGGGAAAUGUGUUAAGAUGUUUCUGCUUGUGCCACACUAAAAACAAAUAAAUUAAGGGUGAAAUAUUUUCUUAUCCCAUUGCAGUGAGCAAAGCAGAAAAGGAUGCCUGCAAAUGUAGAAGGAUUAAUUUCUGGAAGAAUGUAUACAAGAUUGCAGAUAACUACUGGUAUCUAGUACUGUGGUUAUAGAUACUGCUUAGUGGCUCUAAAAAAUUGUGGUUUGGGAUUUUUUUUUUUUUUUUUUUUUUUAUAAUUAUAGAACUCUUAGUAAUGGUGUGAAAUAUUACCAUUAUCCAGAAAAAAAUAAAAUAAAUAAAAAAAAAAAAAGAAGAAGAAGAAGAGCCAGAGUUGACUUUACCUGGCCACAGCUAGCUGGAAAACAAAGGCUCCCUGUGCUUCUAGAUUGUAAGCUACUGAAAAAAGAAGACAGGUAAAUGCAACCAUAAAUUUUUGCAAUGUUUAGAAGACAAGGAGAAGGGUAUUCAUAAUUGCUGCUUUUUUUCAGGGUAACUUUUAUGUCUACAAAAAAAUUUGCUGUUUGAAAUAGUGACCUAAAGUGACUAAAUGAGAUACUGUAUGAGUGUUAGAGUGUAACCAGAGGCGAUUUUUACAAUCCCUUUUGCUUGUACAGUGCUCACCUGGCUGUAUCAACACUGGUAAUAAACUAAGAAUGAAUUCUACUGUAUUACAGAUGAAAAUACUGCUGCAUGCUUUCAUUAGGCCAUUGUGUUUUAAAGCUAAAAGUAUGCUUUUAUAUACAAAAAUCUUCUAAGACUGUGCUCUGUAGCAGUACAGUGAACAUAUGCCAAAUGCAGACUACUACUCCAAAUUCAGUUUGAAAGACUUGAGCUCAGCCAUGGUUAUGUAUGAGAAAUGUUUGUACUCUGUUCUUUAGGCCUUUUCAGCUUCCAAUUUGUGAAGAGUUCUUGAUGUUUACAGCACAGAAGGUACUUUGUGCCCCAGUCUGAAGUUAGCUGAAAAAUAAUUAAUCAAUUAGCUCUUCAGUAAAGGUUUAUUUGCACACUGUGAAUAAACUGGCCUGUAUAAAAUAGCAGAUAGCAGAUCUUGAAAAAUUAUACGUUGCAUUCAGGAAAUAUUUGCUGUAGAUUGAAGAACACAAAAGUCUUGCAACUGAAAAUCAUACUGGUAUUUUUACGCAUAUGAUAUACUGUAUUAUAAAGGUGAUACUCAGUUUGAAUGCUUCAGGUUGCUGUAAUAAAGCACUCAUUAUUUGUGAAAUCAAACUUGGGUUUGGGCAGCUGAAUGAUUAUAUUAUAAAACUGUGUGACUGAGUAGGAUGUUUUUGCGUACUGGUCAGCAGCUGAUACAGUGCAUUUGAAUUUUUAUGCUAUAACUUUGUCCAGGUCCAGACACACAGCCAAGCACAUCCACUGGAUUAUGGCAAUUGACUUUGCAAUUGUGAGGCAAAAUAUGCUAGCUAAACCUCACCAGACAAGACUUAAACAUUUUAAAUUGCUCUCAGCUCAUGGCAGCCACAUCCAUAUGGUCAAUUACCACAAUUCACUUGAUGUGUGAUAACAAAUGAAGCUGUGUUAGAACAAUCAUGUGUCUGCAUCCUUAUUUAAAAUCAAGCAGCAUUUGUAAGGGGUGGAUGAGGGAAAAUAUAUCUUGACUGCAUUGCCAGUUUGGUAUCUUCUGUUCCUGCGGUUUAUAAAAGUAACAUAAAAAAAAAAGAAAAAAAAAAAAAGAGAGAGAGAGAUCUUAAAUAAGGUACUGAUAUUAUAUCUGGCAUUUUUCAAAAUGUUCUUGCACUAAGUAAGUUUUCACCAUAACUUGAAGUAAGCUAAUUGAUUUCCAGGAGUGACUGAGCACCACUGAGGAGCAAAACAAAGUCAAAGGCAUCAGAACUAGUUUUUCUUCCUUCCUAGUGAUUUAUAGUAUUAUAUGAGGAGCUCAUCAUGUGUGCAAGGGAGAAAAAAAACACUGUCCAAAUGAAGUUGGAAAAGGUAAACUUUGCUCAUGUAAGAGGACAGUCUGACACAAAUGAAAUAACUAGGAAACAGAUGAGCAGAAGCAUAUCUAGGAUAAGCAAUACCUUUGCUGUUAUUAGCUGUAUCAUAAAUACCUGAUACAAUACCAGUAACCUUAUGGCUUUUCUAUGGUGAUGCCUUUGCUUUUGUAUUAGUUCAGUUUUCUGUUCAUUUGUAUUUCUGUUGAAUUUUUACCAGCUUUAGUUUUUGCUGAAAUUACAAAAUAAUAGCAACUAAAAUGACAUGAUAUGAGAGUAGGUGAGUCGUGUCCAUACAGUUGCAUCAUUUUCAGACAGGACAGAUGCUGCUUUGGAAAAAAUUGCAUGCAGUCCAACAAUUCUGUGAACUGUAACAAUCAUAAAUGCAUGGUUUCAGGUCUUAUGGAGACCUGUUAGUCUUAGUUAUAGCUUUCAGCAGUCAGAGGAAGACCAAAAAAGGACUGCCUGAGAGCAAGAUACUUUUUGGAAGACUAAGUGAGUGCUAUUAGGUUGCAAAUGAUUUCCCUCAUACCAAUAAUUUUACUUAAGUUUUUUGAUUACUCUUAUUUGUUGCUUGUACAAAAAACCCCCACCCUUCUGUUGUAUUCCUUUACUCGUAAAUGCCCAUGUUCAGACAUUAAUAGUAAAAACUUUACGUGGUGCUUGAAUAUCUUUAAGUUUGUUAGAAUGCAAAUUGUAUUUUGAAUAUUGGAUGAUCCAUUUUCCUUUUGAAAGCAGGUGACCCUUUCACACCCCGAUUGAAUUUUAGAUUAUACUAAAAAGGUUGGUUUGUGUAAUAUUUAUUGAAUGCAUAUAAAACCCUAAUGUCAGCUGGCAUAUAAAAUGCACUGUAUUGUAUAAAACAUACGUGUGUGUGUGUGGAUGAAUGGUGGGAUGAUGAUGCCAUUGUGUUGAGUUAAUGCACUACUUGUAUUUUCUUUUUUUCUUUAAUGACUGAGUUUUUCCUCAACCAUGUUACUAAGUUGGUAGAGUUCAUAAUUGACUUGGACAUUCAGAUAUUCAAAAUGAUUUCACUGUUAAUUGAAAUUAAUUUUAUAAAGCUUAUUUUAUAUUUACUAUGCUGUUAAGGUGAAUUCCCUUUAAUUAUAGAAUACUACUGUAGUUCUUUAGAAGUUUAUUUAGAGUGGGCUGUGGAAAAUGAUUCAAAGUAUAGUAAACCAAAAGAAAUCCUGAACUUUGGAUCUGCUUUUAAUUUGAUGUAAUUAUUAGUCUUGUUUGGGUGAGAAGGAAAGGGGUGGGAGGUCAAGCAAAAGGAAGUACUUUGUAAAAUGUAGUCUUAGAUCAGAUUGAAUUGUGUAUCUGUGUGUCUGUGGUGUGUGUGUGUUUUCCCUUGAAAAAUGGGAGGUGUGGUGAAAAAGUGUAAUAAUUCUUAAAAGAGCUGGUCUCAGUAAUUUCUGAUUAUGAUAUGCUACUAAAUCACGUUUAAAAAAAAAAGAAGUUAUUUAUCUGUCCCAGUGAUGCAUCUCUCAUUUCAAUUCCUACAACACUUUUACAUUUGAUAUUGAUUGUAAACCCCUCUUGAAACUGAAAUAAGAUACUUCAAGAGUUUAAAUGGGGACAAACCAAAAUGAAAACAAUAAAGAGAAUGUUUUUUAAAAAGAAUGUGAGAAUAUUAAAUAUAUUAAAAAAAAAGCUUGUCAUCAGGAUGAUAUUUUGUUUUAAAAUUCAGUGGUAUACCCUAGAAUGUGAAAAUGAUUUUCUUGACAAGAAGUGGACAGUUGGACAUAAACUAAUUCAUCAGCUUCUUUAGUACCACAGAACUUAUGUGCUCUAUACUACAGUGACUCUCCAUCCCAUUAAGAAAGAAGACAUGCACAAAUAACGUAUCUCCUAGUCAGUACUGUCUUUAUGUGCUGCUGCAUCUGUUUUGUUUCAAAAGGUCAACAUUAUUUGAAGUUGGCCAUGACUGAAUUUUAUCACAUUUCUUCAGUUGGGCUUUUUUUUGCUGUUUAUGUCCAUAAAUAUUAAUGCCAAUAUUUUUUCUUGUUUUUGAAUAAUGAGAAGUCAAUGGAGUUAAUGCAAUAUUAUAAUCUUGGAUUUUCAGUACCUUUGAAACAGAUUUUUAAAAACUAUGUUCUUGAAAUUUAUUUAUUUAUGGUGGCACCAGUGUAUCUAAUCCAUAUUUCCUGCUGUGUGAAACCCUGUUAAAUUUUUUCAUUAAAACAAGAAGACACGAUCUUGUUUAAUCCUGUAUAUAUGGUGUCUACAUUCUAGAUUUGUGUAUGCUGUGAAUGAACUUAUUACUAAGAGAUGAAAUUGUACAAAGGCAUUCAGAGGCUAUGCAUGCAUGGUACUCCAGAAAGUGCAUACUCCGAGUUGCAGAUUCCUGCAAAAAUAAAUUAAUAAAAUAAGCAAACAUCA